GGUAGUCUCACCACUACGUGCGGAUGAACGCUUACUUUGUUUCUCACGACUUCACCAAGCCUUCUCUAUUUACAACACGCAUCACUCUCUCCUCUACUCAGAUUCCUCUUACCAUGGCCACCUUAAACAAGACAGUUCGUGUCGCAGCUGCUCAAAUGACAUCAGUGAAUGAUCUCAUGUCCAAUUUCGCCACUUGCUCUCGUCUCGUUCAAGAGGCAGCAUUGGCCGGUGCAAAGCUGAUUUGUUUCCCUGAGAACUUCUCCUUUGUGGGUGAUAAAGAAGGGGAGAGUGUGAAAGUUGCUGAAGCAUUAGAUGGGCCAGUGAUGCAACGGUAUUGCUCUUUAGCCAGGGAUUCAAAUAUAUGGUUGUCUCUUGGAGGCUUUCAAGAAAGAUUUGAUGAUACCCAUUUGUGUAAUACACAUGUUGUGAUCGAUGAUGCUGGAAUGAUCCGAGACACUUACCAGAAAAUGCAUUUGUUUGAUGUUGAUGUUCCUGGUGGAAGCUCGUACAAGGAAAGCAGCUUUACAGUUCCAGGGACAAAGAUUGUUUCCGUAGACAGCCCUAUUGGACGCUUAGGCCUUACUGUAUGCUAUGAUUUGAGGUUUCCUAAGAUUUACCAGCAACUGAGGUUCGAUCAUAAAGCUCAGGUUUUACUAGUACCGUCAGCUUUCACUAAGGUCACUGGCAAGGCACACUGGGAGAUUCUUCUUCGAGCCCGAGCAAUCGAAACACAAUGUUAUGUCAUAGCUGCUGCUCAAGCAGGAAAGCAUAAUGAGAAAAGAGAAAGUUAUGGAGAUACAUUGAUCAUUGAUCCAUGGGGAACUGUAGUUGGAAGAUUACCUGAUCGUGUUUCGACUGGCAUUGUCGUGGCAGAUAUUGAUUUUGCACUUAUUGACUCGGUGAGAACAAAAAUGCCUAUUGAUAAGCAAAGGGUCUCGAUAGAUCUCUGAUGAACCCAUUGGUGUUGUGAAAUUUGGAGUCGUGAUUUUUUUCUGGUAAGUUGUAAAUACCUAUCUCUAUAGGCAAAUGGACCUUGUACUCACCCAUCAUGGUUAAGUGAUAAGAUGUUUUCACCCAUCAUGGCUGCAUUGGAACCUACAAGUCUUUUUAAUAAGGGAGACAUCAAAACAGGAUGUAUAUAGGUAACUUCCGGAAGUUGUAGGCGGCAAACGACUUCUCUGACAUGUUGUGAACACUUGAAAUUGAAAAAGGACCAUAAAACUUGUGAGAGAGCCUUUGGGAUGUUUGGUGGAACAAAAAAUAUUGCCAAUAUAGUUACAAGCUUAGAUACACCGAACAACAUUAUUUGAAUUUCACAUUCUCUGUUUUGUAUCGGUUUAUCGUUUCAUCCGAUUAUUGGCCCGGGUAUAGAUGACCAUUUAACA